AUGUGCAAGCGUUCCACCUUGCUCAUGUUGGUAAAUCAGUGGCUUCUGGAGAAGAAUAUUGUAUUAGUGAGACCCAGGUAUGGAGAGACAGGUCGGAGAGUGGAGUGCGGACAGGGGGCGAGCGUGAUGCUCCCAGCUCCCAACGUCUCCUCCUCCGGAUAGAUGCACACUCGGAACACAAAGCAAUGCACCGAACACGACAAUGACCCGUAAGCCCGACCUCUAGCGACAAUGCUAGAACGUUCCUACUGGACAAGUGUCCAACGUACCACAUACCAACGUACCGACUUACACCUACGGUCCGUUGUACGAUCCUUACGUGUGUACAAUCUACCGAACUACCACAAAGAGUAUUCGCAGAACACUCGGCAUGACAACCUACGAUCGACAGUUCUGCAAUUAAAAAUAUCCAAUCAGAUGUUCUACCGCAGCUCAGGCGAUACAUAAGACCGCUACCACGAACACCCUCCCUGGGGGGCUUUUGUAUCUACUAGACCAAAUACAUUUACUUCGCAUGUAUGAAAGCAAAAAAAAAAAGAACAGACUUCUAUUUCCUUGAGCCUAAUACAAAGUCGCGGUGAACUUCAAAAAGGUCUC